AAUGUUUACAAACCUUUUAAACAAGUCAUGCAUUUCUGUGUUUACUAUAAUUGUGCGAUAAUUAAGUGAUUUAUUUUUAAUUUACUUUUUAUAUGUUACGAUCAUAUAAUAGACAAACACCUCAUUCACACAAAUGUCACAAUUAGUUAAAUAUUAUAAAAAUUUAUUAAGACUUUCAUACAAUUACAACAACUUUCAAAGUUGUCGUCAAUUUAGGAUCCAAUCAUGUCUUCUAAACAGUGAUAAAAGCGAUGACACGAAGAAUGAGACCAUUAGUAGAAGUGGUGACAAUAAGAUCGAAACCAUUGAUAACAACAAAUCAAUUGAACCGAAAAGUGAUGACAUAUCCGGUGUCGAGUCUGCGGCCAAAGAGGAGGUCGAGAUGGAUGAGUACAAGUGGGGGCCCAACGAGGGUGUGUAUGAUCCGGCUACUGAUGAAAACUUCACGCACGACCUCUUGGGCUACAAAUACCCACAAUUCUUCACCCGAAGAACCAAACAAAUGGGGAUCAAGAGAGCCAUUCGUAUCAUCAAAGAUGACUUAAGUCUUCUAAAAGAGGGCCGAAUCCAUAGACCGCCGUACGAACAGCCGUUCCCUCAUCAGGUGGACAUUGCCAUCUUCGGCGGCGGUAUCAUUGGCUCCAGUAUUGCAUAUUUCCUCAAACAAAGAGCACCACAGAGUUUCUCCUGUGCUGUCAUCGAAAGAGACCCAACAUACACGAGAGCGUCGACCACCCAAUCGAUUGGAGGCAUACGACAGCAGUUCUCAAUGAAGGAGAAUAUACUGAUGUCUAUGUAUGGCAUCGACUUCUUAAGGGAUGUGAAGAAGCACUUAAGUGUUUUGGAUAACGAACCGCCAGAUCUCUGUUUCCAUCCGCACGGGUAUCUCGUGUUGGCAAAGGCUGACGGCGCUCAGCAAUUGGUCGAAAACCACAAAUUGCAGACAGAUUUGGGCGCUUACGUAGAGCUCUAUACACCAGACAAACUCAAACAGAAGUUCCCGUGGAUUAACACCGAAGACAUCGUCAUCGGCUCGUAUGGCGUGCAGAACGAGGGAUGGUUUGAUCCGUGGGCUCUACUCCUGGCCAUGAAGACCAAAGCGCAGACACUGGGCGUGGAGUACCUACAGGCAGACAUUCUCGACUUCAAUCUCAACUCAGAGACAAACACCGGUUCUUAUGACGAGACGGGAAACGCUCACCAGAGAGUCAAUCACGUCAUUGUCAGACAACCCGAUGGUUAUGUCAAGCAAAUAGAGUUCGCCAUCGGAAUCGUCUGUUGCGGCGCUAACUCGGGAUUCAUUGCAGAGAAGUUAGAGUACGGCAAGAAGGGUGGCAUCCGAUCACACCUACUCCCAGUUGAGCCCCGUUUUCAUCUCUGGAUUGAUGCACAGAAUGAAGAGCCCGAUGUCAGCAAUUUAGACGUCGACUACUCGUACUUCGACUCUAAAGUAUUCCCGCAAUUGUCUCAUAGAGUGCCCUCAUUUGAAUCGGCAAAACUGAAGGGCGCGUGGAGUGGGUAUUACGAGUACAACACUUUCGAUCAGUUGCCUAUCAUUGGCCGCGAUUACUAUUACGGUAACAUGGCGUGGGCCACGGGCUUCAGUGGACAGGGCAUACAAAUGGCGCCGGCAGUGGGCCGAGCCAUGAAUGAACUCAUAUUCGACGGCGACUAUCAGACAAUAGAUUUGAGUCGCUUCUCGUGGGAGCGCUUAAUGCAUAAGAAGCCG